CGAAAUCUUUGAAUUUUAGCUUGUGGUGAUGUGAUAACUGAUACCGCAUUUGCCUAUAUAUAUAAAAGUUAAGUACACACAACACCAAUAACAAUAGACACAACACUUUUUUUAUACAUCUUGAACGAAAUUUGCAGUAUGAGUCCUGUGGCUGAGAACAAAUGGGUCAAGGUGGGUCAGAAAGGAUCAGGUCCUGGACCAAGAAGCUCACAUGCACUUACCGUCGUGGGCAACAAAGUCUACUGCUUUGGCGGGGAGCUUAAACCAACGAUCCACAUCGACAACGAUCUCUACGUCUUCGAUCUCGAGACUCAAGAAUGGUCCAUAGCCCCAGCAACAGGGGACGCUCCGUUCCCCUGUUUCGGUGUCUCAAUGGUCCCUAUCGGCACCACCAUCUACGUCUACGGUGGCCGCGACGACACUCGCAGAUACAACGGCCUUUACUCUUACGACACUCUCACAAACAAGUGGGAGAUGCUGUCUCCCGUUGAGGAAGGGCUUCCCGGUCGUAGCUACCACUCUAUGGCAUGUGAUGAUCGUAACGUUUACGUCUUUGGUGGUGUUACGGCCAAAGGACGUGUAAACACGUUGCAUGGCUAUGACGUGGUUGGUCGGAAGUGGGUUGAGUAUCCGGCGGGUGGUGAAGCUUGUAAAGGGAGAGGAGGACCAGGGCUUGUGGUUGUGGAAGGGAAGGUUUGGGUUUUGUUUGGGUUUGACGGUAAUGAAUUGGGUGAUAUUCAUUGCUUUGAUUUGGGUACAUGUAAAUGGACCGCUGUGGAGACCACCGGGGAUGUACCGCCGGCGAGAAGUGUGUUUCCGGCGGUUCGUUCGGGGAAAGAGAUUGUGGUAUAUGGUGGUGAGGAGGAGCCGCAUGAGCUGAUGCAUAUGGGAGCUGGGAAGUUGUCUGGAGAGGUUUAUAGGCUUGAUACGGAGACGUUGGUUUGGGAGAAGGUUGUGGAUGGUACUGAGGAAGGGAAGAAGCCGAGUCCACGUGGGUGGUGCGCGUUUGCGGUUGCGGUUAAGGAUGGUGAGGAAGGUUUGCUGGUUCACGGUGGGAAUAGUCCGACCAACGAGCGUCUUGAUGAUAUGGUGUUUUGGCGUUUCUAGUUGUGUUACUGUUAAUUAUCUGUGAGUUACUUUGUGUCUUGUCGUUUGCUUAGUGUGUGUUGUUUAAGGAGUUAUUUGUGGUCAUGAUAUGCAGCUACAAAGUGUCUGAGGGCUAAGGAGGUGUGUAGUGAGUGAGAACAUGCUACCUAUUCCAAAUAUAUUAUCAAGUUUGGUGUUUUGAUAA